AUGUCUGACGUCUCUCUCUCUCGCUAUCUGUUCUAUCCCUCAGCACUAAAAGACGAACGAUUUCAACUGGUCUCCUUCACCCAAAAGCAGUUACGGAUUGCCCUGUCGGAUAUUCGCGUCAGAGAUGAGGGAGGUUAUUACUGCCAGCUGUACUCUGAAGAUACGCACCACCAGGUUGCCAUGGUAACAGUGCUGGUGCCCCCCAAACCAAUUGUGGAGGUACAGGGAGAGACGCUGGUCGCCAACAGGCUGGCCAGUUUAAUAUGCACGGUCCCCCGAAGUAAGCCUCCAGCUCAAAUCCGAUGGCUCCGUGGAAAGAAAGAAAUUGCAGGUAAGGAUUUUCCUUUGGGUUUUUCUGAUGGUGCUUUGGACAGCCCAGGCAGGAACAUCUCCGGAGAGAAAAGGGAAUGAAUCAUUCAGACAUCG